AUCUCACAUGAGAUCUACCUCAAGCGUAUCAAGGCCGCCCUCCAAGAGACGAUCGAAGCACGACUCUUCGCAGACAAGGAAGCCAAUGCCAUCACGGUCAAAUGGCGCCAGCUGCUCAAGCUCUCCAUUGCGUCACCUGGUGCCACGCCGACGGUCUCGUGGAACAUGGUGGCGGUGCGCGCGAUCGGCCAGACACAGGAAGCCCUGCAGGCGGUGGUGGAUCGUGUCCUGGAGCCAGAGGAUCUGGCUUGGGCUCACCAGUGCCCUGCCACCCGCUCCACCUUCAUCGUGGGUGACUUCAACUUCGGCGACUAUGACGAGACAGACAACUUCCUGGAUGACGACCAGCCCCAGCAGGCGCAAGUCGCGCAGCCCAGCAGUGGCGGUGGCGGCCGCGCACAUGCGGCUCCCGCCUCUGGCCAGACCGCACGCCUGGCCCGACGCCCUGGCCAGCGGCAGUGGCUGGAAGCGCUGCGGGAGGCCACGGAGAUGAUGCCAGGCAAGCCCACGCACUGGAACGCCAGCACGCGCACCAGCUCCUCCAUCGACCGCGUGUUCGUGGGGGUCCCGAGGUGGCAGCUAUGCCAAGGCUGGCAGACAUGUCAAGUCCGAGGCGAAGCGCGCGAGAUGCACAUCAGAGGGAUUAGCGAUCACUCCUUGGUCGCAGCAUCGCUGAUGCGGAGGACGCCUGGACACCGACGCCCUGACACGCCGGCGGCCAUCCCCCUUGCCGUGAUCCAGCGACCGCGCUUCAAGGAGAUCGUUGACGGGUACCUGGCGAUGGUCCCUCUGCAGAGCCAAGAGCCACCCGACGAGUACAAGUACUUCACGCGGAUCCUGCAGGCAGCGGCCAAGGACGUCCAGAAUGAGAUCCUCGUGGCCGAAGGCUGGACCAAGGGGGCCUCAGCCAUCAUCUGGCGCCAACUGGCCAGGGCGUUCUGGCGCCAAGACUGGAAGCUGGCGCAGCUGGUGGUGGCGCAGAACGCCUGGGCUCGUGAGCUGGUCAAA